AUGCAGAGCCAAGCCGCAACACCUUGGACUGCGUUGAGGUGUGAGAAACAAGUAGCGCACGAGCAUCCUGUGCCACCUGCAGUCCGGCUGCCAGUGCCGGUGUGGUCUAACCCAAGCCAGCGGCCAACUGCGCGGACUCACACUACCUUCUCCAACAUUCUGCAAUCUCGAUCCGACGAGAUGGAACCCCCACACCACGACCACUGCAGCGGCCACCAUGAUCAGACGCCGCUCCCGUCUUCGCAAUUUCCUCCUCCGCCGUCGGUCUGCGCCAAGUGCGGCGGCCCGACCAGUUACCCCACUCCCCCGCCGCCAUCCGCCACCCCCUCUUACAUACCCAUCCGCCUCCCCGCCGUGAACCUCCCCGCCUCCCCCGCCAACAUGAAGGAGAUCAUUAUCCGCACCCCCAUCCCCCAGUCGGAGAAGGUAGUCCCCGUCUCCCCUUCCCACAAAUUCGCCGUCCCUUCCAAGCGAAUCCGUUCCCAGGAUGACAUUGCGCAGCUCCGCGCCUCCCCUUCCUUCCGAAACUUCCUUGGCUUCGUGGUCUCCCUGUCCGAGUCCAUCAGAUCGCGUAUGCUUUCGGAUCCCUGCCACGUGUCACCCGCCAUUGAAACCCUAGUUUCCAUCAUCCAGAAGCUGGUCGACUAUGUGGAUGACAUUCCACGGGCACCACUCGCUGCCAGGUACGGCAACGUCUCAUAUCGCGUGUGGCAUGAGCGGAUGAGCAGUGAAGCUGAGGGAUUUAUGAUGGUGUUACUGCCGCCCGAUGUCCGAGAUGCUGCUGUCGAACUUGUGCCAUACUUCACUGAUAGUUUUGGCAAUGCCAGCCGCAUCGAUUAUGGCACUGGUCAUGAGACAAACUUUGCAGCGUGGUUCUAUUGCCUAUCUAGAUUGGCUGUUGUUAGAGAAGAUGAUUACCAAGCCUUGGUUUCAAGAGUGUUUGUCAAGUACUUGGAAUUAAUGCGAAAAUUGCAACUUACUUACAGCUUGGAACCUGCUGGAUCCCAUGGUGUGUGGGGACUUGAUGACUAUCAUUUCCUACCAUAUAUAUUUGGGGCCUCACAAUUGAUUGACCACAAGUACAUGAAGCCAAAAUCAAUUCACAAUGAGGAUAUCUUGGAGAAUUUCUCAAAAGAAUAUUUGUACCUAUCAUGUAUUGUUUUUGUGAAGAAGAUGAAGAAGGGGUUGUUUGCUGAGCAUUCACCUAUGCUGGAUGACAUCAGUGGUGUUCCUAAUUGGAAUAAGGUGCACAGUGGGUUGUUAAAGAUGUAUAAAAUAGAAGUUCUGGAGAAGGUUCCUAUUAUGCAGCAUUUUCUCUUUGGCUCAAUUAUUGAAUGGGUUUAA